CGAACUCAUGCUCGAAAUAUUUGCUCAAUAUGCCUUUUUGAACAGCAGAAGGGACCUGACGCACCUGCGGUCACCGUGUUACGACCCCGCUACACUUGGAUACGGGAACUCCUGGGCGCCGCUCAUGCUUGUUUGUCGCUUUUGGCGCGAACUCAUGCUCGCUACUCCCAGUCUAUGGACAGAGAUCGACAUAGGCGAGCAGACACGGUGGCUAGAGCUCGCGCUGCUGCGCUCCCAGGAAGCUGCCCUCACACUCAUCUUCCACCCUGGCCUGGGCGCCGCGCGGAACGCUGUACCGCUGGUCCUUCCUCACGCCCAUCGCAUUCGCAGGUUGAUCAUCCCUGGCCUCUACACUCCGCAGCUCAUAGAUCUGCCGUGGUUCCUGCGACUCCUUCGUACUCCAAUGGCAAACUUGUACGAACUUGCGAUGCCUCAUCCAUAUCUCAACUCCCGAACACGGCGCGGUUAUGCUGUUUUCCCUCUGUCGAACCAGCACCACCCGGCUCUUCGUGUUCUUUGUCUACCUCGUACUGCCAUUGCGUGGACCCCCGCCACAAUCUCCAGACUGCAGCGACUAGUCCUCCAAUACUGUACCGUCAAGGACUUACCGCUCUCAGGCCGCCGCUUCCUAGACGUAUUGGAGAGCUGCAAGGACUUGCAAGAACUGCAGCUUCUCGACGGGUUCAUAUCAUCGGCAGUCAGCGACCCAUCCUCCGACGACUUCCGACGUUGUAUCAUCCUCCCUCGACUGCGCAAACUAGUUCUCGACGACGAACCGCCGGCAACAGCGUGGUUCUUAACUUUCGUCCAACUCCCUGCGUGCACGUCCCUACAUGUCACCGGAUACCUAAGCGCUACUACACCGACCUGUGACAGGCUCUUCACAUCCCUCGUCCCCCAGGACUCGGCGGGCCGCCAUGCUAUCCAAAUACCAUUAUGGGGCACCCGUGGUCGCAUCCAAUACGACGAACUCGGCUUCCAGAUCCACUUACUAUCGGAGACGGCCAAGCUCAUAAUCAAGCUCUCUACGUACGGCGGCUCAGACGGCGUCGCGUGGGAUGCCGAUUUUGCUCGAGGGAUCACGGAGUUCUCCCACCUCUUCGCGGGACAGCCCCUGACGGAGCUGACCGUCAACGUCGCGCAUCUCGGAGCGGACACAAGCCCCGAGGUCUGGAGCAGCCUGCUCUUCGCAUUCCCCGAGCUUCGCGUUCUCGACGUGCGCACGGCCAUCUUCGGCUCACAUUCAGCGCCGCUCUUGCGUGGGCUCAGCGACUAUUCUUCGUCUGCCGACCUGGCCCUGGUCGGCGAAGAGCCCGUGCAUCCGCUGUGUCCCAAGCUCUCCGUCCUCCACCUAGAAGACUCGUUCCAGGAAGGAUUGUUAGAGCUCCUGCUGUCGUAUCUGUCCUGGCGCGCAUCCGUCUCCCUGCCCAAUCUGGAGUCUUUGCGCUGGCACGUUGAUGGGGAAGACGGCCGCGAAGAGCGCGCGUACCAGGACGAGAUGGCGAUAUAUGGCGAGGGACUGAAAGCUCUCGUGAAGCAUGUGGAUAUAUCGUAUACAGCGUCCAUGUUUUACUCCACAUCCGUUAAUACGACCACAUCACAAGACUUCCUCAGCCUCGCAAGAUCGAGACGAAGCAUCGUGUUCAGAGACGAGUCCUUCUGUCUUCCACGCAGCUCGAAGCGCACCUCCCGCAUUCUUGACGCGCCUGCCACCGCCCGUCCCUCAAGAGUGAGCAUGACGUUCGGGACGAAAUCAGCGUCCCACGGCAAUCUCUCCAGGGUAAAAACAAUCUGCCGGUUGCACGGCGAGAGCGGCCAGCAGCGAUCCUGGACAACCGUCUCCGGAAAGAUGCAGCUCACAGAGCGCCGGGAAGGCGGAUCUUCGUCAUUACAGAAAUUCAUCUUGAUGGCUAAGCGUCCUGUGUCCGCAGUAGCACAUUCCAUACGGGCGAAGCGACAACACCAGAUCAAGUCGAAAUACGCAGAUGUCGUAGUCUCGAGGAAGGUCCCUAAUGGCGAGCUUGCGCAAGUUGAGCAUCGCGACGGAUCGGCCGAGCUUUCUUUGCUCAGCCAGCUCCGGGUGUUCGCGGAAGGGCAUUGCGUGAUUCAGCGACAGGUCCUCGAGCUGCUGCGCGGCCUCAAGGACGUCCAGAAACUCGGACAGAGGACGAUGCUCGGCACCGCGAAUGUCUCCAACGUCGAGCUCGCGCAGUCCUACGAAUCGUAUGAGCGUGCGGGAGUCCUCCAGUUCUAG